GUACAGGUAUGCGUUGUUUUCGUGUUUUUGGCAGAUGAAGAUAAAAACCGAGUGUUUUCCUUCGCAGUCACAUUUUCGCAAGUCGAAAGACCAGAAAGACAGCCUGAGCAAAGUAGUUUGUUUGUAUCGACUCGUAUCGCUGUGACCAGCGUAGGACAAACGGAUAUAAUCUGACGGGGAGAACAGGAGCGCUAUUGUUAGUCAUUUAGCUACUAUCAUGGGGAACACUUUAGGCAGCCUACCAGAAGACCUGGUCACGAAUUUCGACCAAGAUGAGAUCCGCCGCCUGGGCAGGCGUUUCAAGAAGCUUGACAUGGACGGCAGCGGAGCAUUGUCAUUCGAAGAGUUUAUGACAUUGCCAGAGCUGCAACAGAACCCACUGGUAUCCCGUGUCAUAGACCUGUUUGAUACUGAUCACGAUGGUGAAGUAGACUUCAAAGAAUUCAUUGAAGGCAUGUCAAUGUUCAGUGUAAAAUGUGACCAAGAAGCAAAAUUAAAAUUUGCGUUCAAAGUGUAUGAUAUCGACAAUGACGGCUACAUCUCAAACGGAGAGCUUUUCCAGGUGUUGAAGAUGAUGGUAGGAACCAAUCUAAAGGAUGCACAGUUGCAACAGAUCGUGGACAAGACGAUCCUCUACGCCGACAAAGAUGGAGAUGGAAAAAUAUCGUUUGAGGAAUUUAAAAAUGUUAUUGGGCAGACAGACGUGAAGAUGUCCGUAGUUGUGUGACAUUCUUCCACGACACUAGAGCGAACCUGAACCAUCCUUCAACAACACCCAGGCUAGGAACUAGCUAAGCAUUAUUAGACCAUUGUUGGAUUCAAUUAGUACAGGUUAUGUCCAUUUGUUAUGAUGUAUCCACAUAAAUAGUCAUCUUUUUCCUUCUUGUGCCAUGCUGGCUGGUUGAGCACUGAUAUCGCGGACGCCGUGCUGAUUCGGCAAGGCCGUUGCGUUGCCCCGGCUACGGCCGUAUGUGAUGACGCUAUGGAGUUCCAGAGCAUGGCCAGGUCAGCUCAUACACACACCCUUAUGCGUAUCUGGGCCCCCGAUGCUUAGUUGGGCACCUGCACACGGCACACAUCUUGCCGCAUGCAGAGCCGACUCACACCCAGCAGCACACCAUACUUACACGACGUUUAGGUGCCUUGUUCUUCUCCUUUCAGGCAUUCGUUGCUUUGCUGCCCUCCGGAAGAUGAACCCUUUUUUUUUUCAAAUCUAGGCCCCACUUCUUCGGUUUCAUAGCUGUAGAAAUGCUGUCUUCGUAGUUUGUGUUUAACUUUCAAUGUUAGUAGACGCCCCAUAGGCAUGGUUAGUCCUGUCACCGUGCGGUAAAUGCAUACAAUCCUGUACAUAUUUUUCUGUUUUCAUUAUGGUUAUGAGACAUCCCCACUCCCUCUGCUGGCUACAUAUGAACAUACAUGUUGAUCUCUCAUUUCCUUCUAUUGGCUUUUGGACUAACUAAAAAAACUCUCCAGUCUUUCGUAUAAACAAAUUCAUGCUCCAAGUA